CCGGUGCGGGAGCUGCGGAGGAUCCCCUGCUAUCCUCUCCAGAUCUUUGCGCGCUUCGCCGGUCCUUUGAAAAAAAAAAAGCGACCUAGCCGUCCUUGAGCCCAGGAGCCACGGGGACCAUAGAGAUCUCUCGCUUGCAGAGGUAAAGUAACCAGUACAAUCUUCCUGAAGUAAACUGAAGCCGGAAGACUCACUCUCUCCACCUCUGAAGAGACCAGGGUUAACGAGGGUUCAGAAUGCGCUUCCAGGAGGAGCAGUGCUGGGCUUAUACUUUGGUGGUAAUUUACUUCCUGACACCAAGGCUGGUUGCUGGUCAGAAGUGCCUCACUGAGAGUCUAGAAGAUGUUGUCAUUGACAUCCAGUCUUCCCUUUCGAAAGGAAUCAGAGGCAAUGAGCCCAUCCAUACGGUAACUCAGGAAGACUGCAUCGGUGCCUGCUGUUCAACACAAAACAUAGCGGGGGACAGAUCCUGUAACCUGAUGAUCUUCGACACCCGGAAGACAGCCGGACAGCCCAACUGCUACCUGUUUUUCUGUCCCAGUGAGGAAGCCUGUCCACUGAAGCCUGCAGAGGGACUUAUGAGCUACAGACUCAUCAGAGAUUUUCCACUGACCGGAGCUACUUCACCACUCCAAAACUUAACACAAGAAGAGUCUCCCUUACUUGGCCACACCUCACCAGCAGUCUCUCUCCGGGCCCCUCCUCCCAUAGGUUACCCAAAGCCCACCAGCCUGAUUUGGAGAGAUGUGUCUUCCCAGAGGUCCCCCACCUCGGCUCACUCACAGAAACUCAUUAAGAUUGGUGAAGCAAGCGCACAGCUCCCUGUUUAUAAAGAAAGGGGCCAUUCUCAGAGUUUACAGCUAUCCUCAGAGCUAGAAAUGGCUCACCUGCUCCCUACAAAUGCGACCACCCCAACUACCACUGUUACUUCUCUCCAUAAUGUCCCUACCUCUCUGAAGCCUGCUCUUCUGUUGGCCAGUGCUUCAGGGACACCCGUGACUUUACAGCAGAAGGUGGCCACCAUGCCUUCCCCACCUGCAACCACAGUGACCUGGAAGCCCGCAGGCCCCAUGUCUCCAAGUGUUACACGAGCAGUUACACACCAGGCAGCUCUGACCACUGACUUUCAGGCACACGUGGACUUGAAAGGCAUCUUAGAAACCAGGCCCAUUCCAGCAGGCUCUGAGCUGACCUCAGACAUGGGGCAUGGGAAGAGCUCUGCGGUCCUUUCUUUGUCAACCUCAGAGUCUUCUGUUACAAGCAAGACUGCUUCCUGGGAGAACGGGAGGGUCAGUGUAGGCAGCUCAUCACUGAACAGGGUUCCAAAAAGCCAGCAUGGCCUUUCAUUUGAGAAGUGGCUUCUCGUUGGAACCCUCCUCUUUGGUGUUCUGUUCCUGGUAAUAGGCCUCACCCUCUUGGGUAGGAUGUUGGCAGAAUCGCUCCGUAGGAAACGGUAUUCAAGACUUGACUACUUGAUCAAUGGGAUCUAUGUUGACAUUUAAAGACAAGUUGGGAAUCUCUUAGUUCGAGUAAUAACUCGUUGCCAAAUGCUCCUGUGUUCCUCCUGCCCAGCCCAUCUCAGUAGGAACUAUAUCUUGAAGGAAUCCUCCGCUACUUCCUCUUUGUUUCCUUUUUGAGACAGGUUCAGGUAGCUCAGGCUGGUCUUGAACUCCUGUUCCUCCUGUCUCUGCCUCCCACCUUCAGUUCAGGGGUUACAGGUUUUCACUACCAUGUCUGGAUUUUUUAAUUAAAAAAAAUAAAUAAAUUCUUAUGUAGCGCUAGAGGUCAAAUUCAGGGCCUUCUGCAUGGUAGGCAGGCACUCGACUGCUGGGCCGUGUCUCCAGCUCAACAGCUUUCUUUUUGUCUGACUUUUUGUUUUUCGCUUUUUUCAGAAGAAGAGAAGGGAUAAAAGAAACUAAGUUAUUUGAGUGACCUGUCUGUAAAAUAGUAGCUUAAAAUGGCUCUGAGCUAAAAUAUUAAGUAUGGAAACCUGUACCUAAACAUAAGUUUAGGUCAUCUGCCUUGCAAGUCAUUACUACUUCUCAUUCCAGAUAAUGGCAACUGUUUGAUACUAGUUCUAAUGGAUUCUCUUUUCUUUUUUAUAUGGAUUCCAAUAAAACUCAUUCCAGAUGUGUUUCCCUCCAAUUAAA